UGACGUCAGAGCAUAUGACCGGAAAGCAAUCAUAUGAUCAGUGUUUACAAAAAAAAAAAAAAAAAAAAAAAAAACUGAUUCCAUUCACACAGACGCCGCUUGAUAUACACGCAAGGCUGUAGUAUUUACGGUGAUCAUGAGGCUUGUGAUCCUUGAUGAUUAUGACCUGGCAAGCGAGUGGGCUGCCAAAUACAUCCGCAACCGUAUUAUCCAGUUCAAGCCCAGUGCAGAGAGAUACUUUACUCUGGGUCUGCCCACAGGAAGCACACCACUGGGGUGUUACAAGAAGCUGAUCGAGUAUUACAAGAAUGGAGACCUCUCCUUUAAAUAUGUGAAGACAUUUAACAUGGAUGAGUAUGUUGGCCUGCCCAGGGACCAUCCGGAGAGUUACCAUUCCUACAUGUGGAACAACUUCUUCAAACAUAUUGACAUCGAACCACAGAAUACCCACAUUUUGGAUGGCAAUGCGACUGACCUCCAGGCCGAGUGCGACUCAUUCGAACAGAAGAUAACAUCUGCUGGGGGCAUUGAGUUGUUUGUAGGAGGAAUUGGACCAGAUGGCCACAUUGCCUUUAAUGAGCCCGGUUCCAGUCUGGUGUCGAGGACGCGAGUGAAGACACUGGCUAAGGACACGAUAGUGGCCAAUGCUCGCUUCUUUGGAAAUGACUUGUCUAAAGUCCCCACCAUGACUCUUACUGUUGGUGUGGGCACAGUUAUGGAUGCUAGAGAGGUUAUGAUCCUGAUCACAGGAGCACACAAAGCCUUUGCCUUAUAUAAGGCCAUAGAAGAAGGGGUGAACCACAUGUGGACUGUAUCUGCCUUCCAGCAGCACCCUCGUACCAUCUUUGUGUGUGAUGAAGACGCCACACUUGAGCUGAGGGUCAAGACUGUAAAGUACUUUAAAGGGCUGAUGCAUGUCCACAAUCAGCUGGUUGAGCCGACACACAGCAUGAAGGACUAUAAGGAUUAAGGCUGAAGGUCAGGCAAUAUGUUGCAUCAUAAGGGAAUGAAGUGGAUUUGCAUCAGUUUGCGGUAGUGGAAUGUGGUUUCGGAGAUGACACAAGCCCCCAAGGCUCACAAAGGUGCCUGAAAUACCAGUGAUGUGUAGACUACAGGUUUGCAUCACAUUAAUGUUUACUUGCACAACAGCAAAUGCAAACGCUUGUCUGCCAAUUUGAAAUUAUUGGUAAGGCCAGUAUUAUAAAGAUCAGGAGUGAAUGAGUUUUAAGGCAAGUUUUAUUAUUAGUCAUUUCUGGCCUUUCAUUGUUACUGAAGAAAGACCUCUUGCGUAAAACACCAUUUUAAUUCACUCCUGUGUUUAAAGCCUAACAAACUAUUUGUCCAUUGUGUAUUUAAUGUGCCUUCAAGUGCUGUUAUUGUAUUGAAAUGAUAAGGCUAAGACACUUCUUACACUUAAUCAUAUACUUCAAAAUGGGUAUGGGUCAUGGGAAAAGAAAUUUUUGUUCAUAUGAGAUCUGUUUUAAGUUACUUGAAUUAUUUGACAGACCUUUUCCCUUUAAACAGAAAAACUUGAAGCACAUACAUAUUUUAGUAUAUUAUGGUCUUCAUUAGAAAGCGUAACCUACAGUGACUGUAUCUGCUGCUCAUGUUCAUUUCAGCCUGAUUUAUUUUGUGCUUGUGUUGAAGAUUAAGGUUUAAGAAGACAAAAUCAGUGGGUGUUGACAUGAUGGGAAUUUCACAAUUUAAUUUUAUAAGGCCCUUUCUGUAGCCCAGACCUGGAGAAACCCUGAGUCUGCUAAUGAUUAUACUGAGGCAUUCAAGCCAAAUCCAACCAAAGUUAUAGGCUGAUUUCAAAACGACUUCCUACUCCCUAUGUAGUGCACUACUUGUGGCUUGAAGUAAUGCCUUUACACUCUUGGUAGUACCAUAUAUUAUAUAGGGAGCCAUUUUGGAUUAAACCAUAAUAUACAUGGAUUUGUUUCAGGCAUAGUAGAGACCAACCCAUCUCUGGAAUCUUAAGUGAUUGACAAGUUUGUCUGGGACCAGCAUCAGUGGUGUUAUUUCCCUCAAUUAUUUCCCAAAUUUCCUUACUGAUUGUAUGUCAACUUGACUACCUUUGACAUACUUGUGUAGCUAUGUGACAAACAGCAGCUCAUGAAGCCUGAUCCAGAAAAUGUAAACAUUUCAGCAUUGUAAAUCAAUCUGAGCCUGUUUAGAAUGACUGUAUAUGCUCCCAGCACAUGUACACUACACCUAAUUUACUGUGUUGGCUGCUGUUUUCUUGUUACAGCAAACCCAUUUUACUUUCUUUCUUCCUAGUGUUUAGACAUGUUACUGCAUGGAAUGUUACUGUAGUUAUUUUGUGUACAACUGAAUUUAUUUGUAACAUCUUUGAACCUCAAUAUAUUGAUUUGAUUAAACUGUACCAUACCCGCCAAAACUGAUAGCAACAGUGUUGAUGUGUUUUUCUGUUAAAGGAUUUGCAUUCACCUUAUUAGUGAAACAGCUGUUACCAGACUUUCAUUUCAAUACCAAAUCUUAUAUACAUGUUCCAGGCUGUAUAAAUGAUAAAUAAAGCUUGUUUGGUUUAAA